AUGUACAACAAAUGUGGGUCACUACUGUUAGCACGACAGCUAUUUGAUAUAUCACCUGAAAGAGACCUUGUUACCUGGAAUGCCAUUCUCACUGCAUAUGCUGAUGGUGGGUAUGCUGAGCCUGAAAAUAUACAAGAGGGGUUUUACCUUUUCCGCCUACUCCGCAAUUCUGUUGUCUUGACUAGUCGCCAUACUCUGGCCCCCGUGUUAAAGAUGUGUCUGCUUUCAGGUUAUUCCUGGGCUUCUGAAGCUGUGCAUGGGUAUGCUGUCAAGAUUGGACUAGAAUGGGAUGUGUUUGUUGCUGGGGCUUUGGUUAAUAUAUACUCUAAAUUUCAACAAAUCAGAGAAGCCCGUAUCUUGUUUGACAGGAUGCCUAUAAGGGAUGUUGUGUUGUGGAACGUCAUGCUGAAGGCAUGUGUGGAAACGGGUCUUGUGAAUGAGGCGCUGCUUCUCUUCUCCUCGUUUCAUAGAAGUGGGCUGCAUCCUGAUCGUAUCACUGUCCGUACUCUACUUAUGGGCAUUAGAAAAACUAAAUGUGAAAGGCAGCUAAGUCAGCUUCAGGGUUAUAUGACAAAGUUGUUUCCUUGUGAUGAUGAUUCUGAUGUUAUCAUGUGGAACAAGAAAUUGUCCGACUAUCACCAAGCAGGUGAAGCUUGGUUAGCUAUUGAUUGCUUUAUAGACAUGUUUAGAUCAAGAGUAGCAUAUAACAGCCUGACAUUUGUUGUGAUUCUUUCUGUUGUUGCAAGUAUAAACCGUCUUCAAUUGGGAAAACAGAUUCAUGGCAUGGUUGUUAAGUCAGGAUUGGAUCAAGUUGUAUCUGUUGCGAAUAGUCUUCUCAGUAUGUACAUAAAAUCAGAUUCUAUAUACAACGCAAAAAGAAUGUUCAAUCAAAUGAAAGAAGUGGAUUUAAUAUCAUGGAACACCAUGAUAUCGGGUUGUGCUGUGAGUGGUGUAGCGGAGGAGUCCAUAGGGAUGCUUAUUGAUUUAUUACGCAGUGGUCUAAUGCCAGAUCAAUUCACCAUUGCAAGUGUUUUGAGGGCUUGCUCCUCUCUCGAAGAGGGAUUCUGUCUUGGCAAACAGAUUCAUGUUCAUUCAAUUAAAACUGGUAUUAACAUUGAUUCCUUUGUUUCAACAUCGCUGAUUGAUGUCUAUUCUAAGAGUGGAAUGAUGGAGGAUGCCGAAUUAAUUUUUGAAAACCAAGAUGAAUUUGAUUUGGCAACUUGGAAUGCCAUGAUGUCUGGGUACAUAAUGAGCAGCAACAAUCACAAAGCUCUCAGGAUCUUCAGUCUGCUCCAUAAUAGUGGAGAGAGGCCAGAUGAAAUGACCAUGGCAAAUGCAGCCAAAACCUCUGCCUGCUUGGUGGGGCUUGAACAAGGGAAGCAAAUUCAUGCUGUUGUUAUAAAAAGGGGGUUCAAUGUAGAUUUGUUAGUCAUUAAUGGUAUUCUAGGCAUGUAUCUAAAGUGUGGAGAAUUGGAAUGUGCACAGCGAACCUUCAAUGAGAUCCCUACACCUGACGAUGUUGCAUGGACUACUAUGAUUUCAGGAUGUGUGGAAAAUGGAGCUGAGGAACAUGCUACUUUUACAUUCCGUCAGAUGAGGCUUGCUGGAGUGCAGCCUGAUGAGUAUAUGUUUGCUGCGCUUAUCAAAGCUAGUUCACUUUUGACUUCACUGGAACAGGGGAAACAGAUUCAUGGUAAUGUUAUAAAGUUGAAUUGUGCUUCAGAUCCCUAUGUCAUGACUGCACUUGUUGACAUGUAUGCCAAGUGUGGGAACAUAGAAGAUGCAUAUGGGUUGUUCAAAAGAAUGAAUAUGAGGAGUAUUGCCCUAUGGAAUGCAAUGUUGGCAGGAUUUGCUCAACAUGGAAAUGCUGAAGAGGCCCUCUGCCUUUUCAAACAAAUGAAAUCUAGGGGCGUAACGCCAGAUGGAGUUACUUUUAUUGGAGUGCUUGCUGCUUGUAGUCAUUCUUGUUUAGUAUCAGAAGCCUGUGAACAUUUUUAUUCCAUGCAACUUGACUAUGGCAUUGAGCCUGAGGUUGAACAUUAUUUUUACCUUGUUGAUGCCCUUAGCCGUGCAGGGCAUAUUCAAGAAGCUGAAAAGGUGAUACUAUCAAUGCCCUCUGAAGUGUCUGCUUCAAUGUAUAGAACACUGCUUAAUGCUUGUAGGGUGCAAGGAGACAAAGUGACCGGUGAGCGUGUGGCUGAAAAACUAUUCUUGUUAGAGCCAUCUGAUUCAGUAGCAUAUGUUCUUUUAUCCCAUAUCUAUGCCGCUGCUAACCAAUGGGACAGUGCGACAAGUGCUAGAAAUAUGAUGAAACAGACCAAUGUCAAGAAGGAUGCAGGACUUAGUUGGGUUGAUGUGAAGAAUAUAUGCAGAAGAUGA